GAACAGGGUCUUCUCUCCGAGCAUAUCGCUACUCUGGGAAUUUGGUUUAAUUAGAUUCAAAUUCAAAUUCUUUUCAUUUUACACUUCGGUCAGAGUGUAUUUGUUCGUUACUUGAACUGUUUCAGCUAGUGUUUUGAAUCAGACCCCGUCUGGUAACAGGCCUAUCCAUUCAUUCUUCAAUUUAUUCAUAUUUAACCUAAAUACACUCAAGGAUCACUCGGCUUUUGUGAAGAAAUCGUCAGGACAUUUGCUGUUUCUUUUUAUACUGAGAGGAUUUUACAGGCAUCCUGCCACAUCUUCAUAAGCAUGAAACAGCCCACUGCCAAAACUGAGAUGAGCCGUUUGAACGUCUCCAACGAAGAAGACAGCAUCAGCACCAACAGCAAUGAGUAUCCCUGUUCUAAGAAGGUCAACGGCCAAUACUCUGACGUGGAGGCAGAGAGUCAAAACUUCCUCCCUGAACACAACCUGGGCAAGAAGAAGUAUGAGACCGAAUAUCACCAGGGCAAUGCUUCCUUUGGCAUGUCCGUCUUCAACCUGGGCAAUGCCAUCAUGGGCAGUGGCAUCCUGGGUCUGUCCUACGCUAUGGCCAACACUGGCAUCGCCCUGUUUGUGAUUCUCCUCUCAGCUGUCGCCAUUUUCUCCUUAUAUUCUGUCCACUUGCUGCUGAAGACGGCCAAUGAAGGAGGUGCACUGGUGUACGAGCAGCUGGGUUACAAAGCCUUCGGGAUGCCGGGGAAACUGGCCGCUUCCUGCUCCAUCACCAUGCAGAAUAUUGGAGCCAUGUCAAGCUACCUCUACAUCGUCAAAUACGAGCUGCCCAUUGUCAUUCAGUCCUUUGUGGGAACCAAUGAGGAAUGGUACACUAACGGUAACUACCUGGUGCUGCUGGUGACACUCGUUAUAAUCCUGCCUCUGUCACUGCUCAGGAACUUGGGUUACCUCGGUUACACCAGUGGUCUGUCACUGCUCUGCAUGGUGUUCUUUCUGAUUGUGGUGAUCAUCAAGAAGUUCGAGAUCCCAUGCCCUUUGCCGCACGACUUCCAUGCUCUGAACAAAAACAGCAGCAAAGUACUGAACAUAUCCGACCAGAACACUACCGCUGUGGACUACAGCGAGGACGCAUGCACACCAAAAUACUUUGUCUACAACUCUCAGACUGUCUACGCUGUUCCUAUUCUGACCUUCGCCUUCGUGUGCCACCCUGCCAUCCUGCCCAUGUACGAGGAGCUCAAAGACCGUUCCCGCAGAAAGAUGCAGGGCGUUGCCAAUGUGUCCUUCCUGGCCAUGUUCAUCAUGUACCUGCUGGCCGCCCUCUUCGGAUAUCUGACCUUCAACUUGAACGUGGAGUCUGAGCUGCUGCACACCUACUCUAAGAUCUACAAGGAUGAUGUGUUGCUGCUGAUCGUCCGCCUGGCUGUGCUGGCCGCCGUCACUCUCACCGUCCCCGUGGUGCUUUUCCCUAUUCGUACCUCUGUAAACCAGCUCCUGUGCACCUCUAAGGAAUUCAGCUGGAUCCGCCACACCAUCAUCACUGUGGCCCUGCUGGCCAGCACCAACGCCCUGGUCAUCUUUGUCCCCAGCAUCAGGGACAUUUUUGGCGUCAUCGGCGCUUCUGCUGCUGCCAUGCUCAUCUUCAUCCUGCCCUCGGCUUUCUACAUCAAACUGGUGAAGAAAGAGUCCAUGAAGUCUGUGCAGAAGAUCGGGGCCACUGCCUUCCUGCUGUUGGGCUUCGUGGUCAUGAUCGGCAGCAUGAUCCUCAUCAUCCUGGACUGGGUCCACAAUGCCUCAGCCAGCUCGGACUCAGCCGACGGACACUAAAGCUCCACCUCCUGCUGGGCCUGUCGAGGAGAGGGAGGCUCUCAGCGCAAGAUUGCUACAGCCGCGCAACCAACAAAGAUCAGAAACCUAUUGUAAAAUGAAAAACACAAGAACUCACUUGAUGCUCGCCUUUGACUUCCUGAGCGACGAACCAUGCCAUUCCAAGAGAAUGUAUCCGAACUUUGUACAGUACGCUGUUAUAGGCCACAGAGAUGGUGUUUUCCUUGUUUUUCCUCUUUUUAUCCUAACCUUUUUUGUUGUCGUUUUUGCUUUUAAUGUUUUGUGUAGUUAUGGUACAGCUGAGAACAAAUAUUUGAAGGUGCCUCAAAUCAGAGACGAUAUAGUUGUAGAGUUGAAAAUGCAGCUUACACUCACGUACAGUAUUACGUGCGCACGAGUGUGGCUGUAACCUCGGAGCUCGGAAACAACACAUCCUGCUGAAAAAGUAUGCGAAUGUCCUGAAUAUUGACAGGAGGCAACUGACUUGAACGUUUAUCCUCAAAGACGAUUAAGUUCCUUCCAACAUUUGUUGUUUUUUUACUUUGCCAAAAAUGUAUUUGUGAAGAAUCUUUGUAUAUUGAAAAGCACUUACUGUUCAGCACACAAAACAGAUUUGUCAGUUUUCACAGGCGAGGCCUACUACACCGCCUAUUCAGUAUUCGUACAAAUGUUUUAUGACCUUGCUUAUAGCAUCAGCUUUCCUGGUAAAACAUAGUGCAGGACCUGCUUUUUCAAACACGACACUGGGAGCUGCAGAGUAUCUCACAAGAGGACUCUUUGAAACUGUAUUUACUCUUUAUAACAUGCUGAAGAUCUUGUUGGAGUAGCGUGUGCAGCAACGAGACUACUGCUUCAAGACCUGGAGGCCACUGAGCCUGCAGUUCCCCCUUCCCUGGAAUGGGAGGGGGAAACUUAAAAAUGUUUUCUUUAUGGGAGAAUACUUUGAAUUUGACCACAUGCAGUGGUUGUAAUAUACCUGUUAAACUUGCAAAAAUGAAAAACCAGAAGUCAAAUGUGCUCUCAAACUCUGACAACCAAACAACAACAAAGAAGUAUACAGAGAGCAUCUGUCACAUGUAUUUUGAGUGUUUUUACAUAUAGUUGCGAAGUAUUCUGCUUUCAAAAUGUUUCACAAGGAAGAACUUGAUAGCUCAACGUGGACUUGUCUCCUGUUGAGUUGUGAACCUCUCAUCUGACGGUGCACUGUGCUUCCAACACUAACUUAACAUCAAACUGUUAUUGUCCAACAUCUAUUUAUGGAAGACCGUUAAAAUCAAUGUAAUUUUAUCUAUUUUACUAUAUUUAUAUAAUAUGUAUAUAUAUAUGUAUAUAUAUCUAUUGAGUUCAACUGUAUAUACGCUUUGUUUUGUUUUAACUUUUUACAAUAAUGCAUUGGAGCCGUAGAACAUAAACAAAAAACCCCAAGAAGGGGAAUUUGUGAAAUUGAAUUGUCUCCAAUACACCAGAGCUUCAACUGUUCAUCUCCAUUAAGACUGACUGAAAUAUCCUACUGUGUUAAUUCUGUGAAAAGUGUGUUGUAUGUGGGAGCCACUGAUACAGCGGCACCAGUCUUUGUUUACUUUUUGGCCCCUAAACACAAAAAUGGAUCAGCAAAAUGUUCUUCACGCACAUCUUGGUUAAAGAGUACGUCAGCCAUCUCUUGACCUCAGGAGCAAGGAGGGCUUCGUCUGCCAGUUUUACACUCUUGUUUCAAUGAAACACUAUGUACAUCCUGUAAAUAAUGUCCAAGUAAAAUCAAAGAAUCUA